GUGUGAUAAAGUGAAGAAAAAAACAAUAAAAAGGAAAAUUUUGCGAAAAAGUGAACAUUUUUUAGGAAAUUUCCCUUAAAAAUUUAUAAAAUUAACUUUAAUUACCUGGAAAAACAAAGUGCAAUAUUUUUAAACUUUUAAGCUACCCCAUUUAAAUCCCAUUCACUCCUUUUUCCAACAAAAACCGCAAGAAAUGGAUGUUAUAAAUAAAUUUUAUUCCACGGUACACACCACCGUCUCCCAGCUGUCCGGAGUUUUGCCAGGCAACAAUGUAACCCGUGAAUAUGAGGUGUUAGAACAAACCUGCACUGCUGGUGGCGGUUUGCUGUGGAAAGUCUAUAAUGGCUUUAAGAAGUCAACCAAACAGGAAGUGUCAGUAUUUGUGUUUGAAAAGAAGUCUUUGGAUCGUUGGUCCAAGGAGGACAAAGAGGCCAUAUUGGAGUCUAUGCGUAGGGGUGUGCAGCAGCUAACGAAAAUAAGACAUCCUCAUGUUUUGACCGUACAACAUCCUCUCGAAGAAAGUCGUGACUCAUUGGCUUUUGCCACCGAACCUGUUUUCGCCUCACUGGCCAAUGUGGUGGGUGAUCAGGUUAGGGCGGAAAAGAAGUUAUAUGAUGUUGAAAUACGCCAUGGCUUACUGCAGCUAUUCGAUGGUUUGCAAUUUCUACACAACGAUGCCAAAAUAGUGCAUCGCAAUAUUUGUGCCGAGACAAUAGUGAUUAAUAAAAAUCGUUCUUGGAAAUUGUUUGGUUUUGAUUUUUGUGUCGCCAAUCAGCCUCAACCGGAUGGCAAACCAUAUUGGCCCUGCAAGGAGUAUUCCACUUCCAUACACAUGUUGGCCCAACCUGCCCUGGAGUAUUGUGCACCGGAAAUUGCCUUAAAUAAUAUAAAUUCCACAGAUAGUGAUCUCUUUGCUUUGGGGGUGCUUAUAUUUACCAUUUAUUCGGGUAAACCUAUGAAAAUGUUUGGCAACGAUUAUAGUGCCUUUAGGAGGUAUGCUAAUGAGCUGAAUCAACGUAAGUAUCCACCCAUGAAUGUGGUGCCCAGUGAAUUGACAGAGAGUUUAAAGGCAUUGCUGCAUCCUAGUCCACAUUUAAGGCCCAAAUUGCAUGAAUUGAAAGAGGUCACCUAUUUCCAUGAUGUGGGCGUCAAGACUCUCAGCUACUUGGACUCUUUGUAUCAAUGGGAUAAUCUGCAAAAAUCUAAAUUUUACAAAGGUCUUCCCCAAAUUAUACCCACUCUACCGCAUCGUGUCAAUCUACACUCGAUUUUACCCUAUCUGGUUAAAGAAUUCGUCAAUUCGCCCAUGAUACCCUUUGUAUUGCCCAAUGUUUUACUCAUUGCCGAAAUGAGCAGCCAAAAAGAAUAUUGUGACCAUAUCCUACCCCACCUUAAGCCAAUCUUUAAGCUCACCGAUCCCAUACAAAUUCUAUUGAUUUUUAUGCAAAAAAUGGACUUACUACUAAAACUAACACCAGCCGAAGAAGUCAAAAUGCAUGUGCUGCCUCUACUAUAUCGUUCUCUAGAGUGUGAUAUGCCCCAAAUACAAGAAUUGUGUCUAAAUGUUUUACCCACAUUUUCCACACUCAUCGAUUAUAAUGCCAUGAAAAAUGCAGUGAUACCGCGCAUAAAAAAAUUAUGCCUGAUGAGUUCCAAUGUUUCAGUUAAAGUGAAUUGUUUAAUAUCCAUUGGCAAACUAUUAGAAAAUCUAGAUAAAUGGUUGGUAUUGGAUGAAAUAUUGCCGUUUUUGCAACAAAUACAAAGUCGUGAACCGGCCAUAGUAAUGGCCAUAAUAGGUAUUUACAAAAUCGCCAUGACCAAUACAAAAUUGGGCAUUACCAAAGACGUUAUGGCCCAUAAGUGUAUACCAUUUUUGAUACCAUUGAGUGUGGAAAAUGGUCUAACUAUUGCUCAAUUCAAUACUAUAGUGGCUUUGAUUAAGGAAAUGUUUUCUCGUGUGGAAAAAGAGCAGCGGGAAAAACUGGAGCAAUUGUCUACUAUACAAAGGGAUAAUAGACCCAAAGAUGCUUCUGAAAUUUUGGCUGGCGAAUUGGAGAAAUCUUCUAUGAAGAGCGGAGGUGUUAGCAAUAACGAUGACAUGUUUUCUGGCUUUUCGCUUAGUCAAUCUUCUAAUAAUAAAUCUCAAUCUGUGGCUGCCAACUCAAACUCUAUGCAGCUUAAUAAACCUAAAGAACAGUUAAAAAUUGCCCACAACUCCACAGCCAAACCGGACAUCUUAUCUUCUCUUAUGACUUCAAGUCUCUCCAAUAUGUCCAACAGCAACAACAUUUCCAAGCCGGUUAAUAAUCUACACAACCCCUACAAUUCCAAUACCAACAGCAACGACAACUCUAGCACUAACAAUUGGCAACAAAAUACAAAUACCUGGCACAGUGCCAAUCCUUUAGUAAUGAAUCAUCAAUUACCUCCACCCUCAACAGCAACAACGGCAGCGACCCCCAAUAACAACUCAGCAACCAACAAUAGUUUCUCUUCGCUCGAUGAUUUGGAUCCCUUUGGCAACACCAAACAAAAACAUCAGCAGCAACAACAGCAUAGCAACUCAAACACCCAAGCCAAUACCUAUACAUUGCAAAAGCCCACUGUUGAUUAUAUUUAUCCGGUGGGUUAUCAACAGAUUAAAUCAAAUGCCAGCACCCCCUUAAUGGGCAACAAUUCCAUGCCCAUGAAUAUGAAUUCCCUAAUGAAUUCUAAUUCUAGCAUGGCUCCCUUAAUGCCUCAAACAUCUGCAACAACGAAUGCUCAAUCUCAUGAUUCCAAUAGUUUUAACACCUUGAGUCAACAAGACAUUUUGAGUUUUUUAAAUUAAGAAAGCAAACAAAGGAAAGGAAAUUUGAAAAAUUCCAUCUACUAAUUAAUGGUUGGUUAAACAUAAAAACUUCUUGUGAUUUAUUGUAUUUGUAAAAAAGAAAAACUAACAAAUUGUGUCAAAGAAAACCACAUUCCCUUAAGAUUAUCUUAACUACUAUAUUCAUAGAGACUAUAUUUAUUAUAUUAUUGUUGUUAUUUUUUUUUGUGUAAUUUUAAAAGUGUAUGCUGCGCCGUAAGAAAAAACUGUUUUUAUUCUCACUUUGUCCUAGUUGGGGUAAUGAAAAAUAUCAGAAAUUUUGUUUUACAACAAUCUUUAAAAUCAUUUUCUAUGUUUUGUAACAAACUCAAAAAUAUUUUGUCCAUUAUUUGUCAUUAAUUUUUAAUAAUGAUGAAAGCAAAGUGUAUGUUUUAUAUACUACAUAUUUUUAAAACAUAAUUUAUUUAAAAAUAAAAUAAAAACUUAACGUAUAAAUUAAACUACCGGUGUAUACGUUUAGUUACUAUUUUCACUUUCUUUUUUAUAAAAAUAUAUAAAACAAAUAGUAAAAAUAUUAUUUAAACGUAUAAACUUAAAACUAUAUCGUAAAUUAUUAUAUAAAUAUAUAUCAUUAUACUAUGAUAAAACAAACGAAACAUUUUAUUCAAACAUUUUUUUGUAGUGUAGUUAAAAUCAAUUAACAAAUUGUAUAUUUUAAUCGAAAAAAUAAUAAUAAUAAAUAUUAAACAACAACAAAAAAAACAAUCAAA